GCUCGACAGUAGGACUGUUACGUACUCCGUAACCAUGUUGGCUCAAGUUCCGGCCCCCGCGCGCAGACCAGAAGACAUCGGCAGCGCCGCUGCUUCCUCACCCAAGCAGCAGAGAUGGCGCCUAUGAUGAAGUCCACGGUCAUGACCAAGAGUGCCCUCAUGGCGGCGCUCGCGGAGGCCUGCGAGGUGAAGAGGGGCGUGAUCGGCACGGCCUUGAGCACUCUGGCGAGCAUUGCAACGACAGAGGCGAAGAAGAACGGCAAGUUCGUCAUCCCGGGCGUUGCGAUGAUCAAGACCCGCCAGAAGAAGGCCACCAAGGCUGGGAAGCGCGAGAUCUUCGGCAAGGUCGUCAUGGUGAAGGCGAAGCCGGCCAAGACCAUCGUCAAGGCUUUCCCCGCGAAGGCCCUCAAGGAUGAGUUCUGAGGGCAUCCCAGUCUGCGGCGAGCCUCUCGAAGAGGCGUGCUCCCCAAGGUGCUCGUCCAUCCCUCCCUUCGAGAGCUCUCCGUGCCAUCUUGUCCAGCUUGGCUGGAGGGUGCGUGGUUAUGCAUGGCCUUCCGGUUCCAGGACCCGCGGCGAGGAGGACUACAUGUACUCCACACCCGUCUCGCAGAGGAAAGCAUCGCUGCACCCCCCAUUCACCAAUCACGAAGACUCCAUGCCGUGAGAGCAUUAGGAUGAGGGCGCGAGGAUAAGAACACGUAGUAUGAUCAGGACCUAGGCGG